GGAGCGAGGCUCUAUCAUCCUCAUUUCCUCUGGCCAGGGUGUUCUGUCAUGUGUGAAAUCAGUGGAGUGCCAGCUGGUGUCAUGGACAGCUGAAGCAACUUCGUCUUUCCCGAGAUUCAAACUUCUUCUCUCACUCCUCCAGGAAGCUACAAACUUAAUCAUGAGCGUGGGAGGCAAGUAUGCUGUGAAUGACGCUGAACAGAGACUCAGCAGGAACACUGGCUGGUGCGGAGUCCGCUUCCUCGUCCUUAUCUCCGUCAUCUCUAGCACUAUUGUCUACUUAAUUGGUUCCGUGAUCACCGGGGUUACCUAUCGCACCUAUGGUUUAUACGCCAACUGCACGUUCGAUUCCCGGUACGCGCCGAGUGUGCGUUACGUCUACGACACACCACUGGUGGUGGUGGGUCCUUGCUUCAUGUCUGCUGGGGGAGCCAUCCUAGUUUUCCUCCUCUUCCAGUGGUGCUUCUGUCGUCCGCUGCUCCACUAGACUGCCUCGUACACCCACAUUCAACACUGGGUCGAACACGCACCAGCAGAAAUACUACACUUCAAUAUGGUGUCCCAUUCUCUCUCCGCCGGACAAAAAACCCCACCACCAAUGCAUCGGAAACCCGACCCCUUUGUAGCUGUCUUGCUAAAAAUAUGCCAUAUAUUCUUCCUUACCUGCUAUGUUUUCCUGCCAUUAAAGAAAUGAUUAAUACGUACUGCAUACUCUCACCUCUCUCUCAUGUCGAAUAUUAGUCACUUCAGGAGAGUCUCUGACAGAAUCACACCAGGAAAUUCUUUCUGAGAUAAUCUUUUUAACUUCUUCGUCUUCAGGAACAAUAACAGACUUCAAAUAACUUGCUGCUUUUCUUCAGUACCAGUUUUAUAAUUGAUCUUGUUCUUAGAUGUAGUUUGCAGGAAUGUUUUAGUCUAGACGGUAGCUACGAUGAUCAUCAGAUGCAGGGAGAAGAAUAAAAUUAAUAACAACGUAGUUAGAACAACUCACAACUUGUCUAAUGCUUGAAGAGGAAACGUUAGACGUUUCAGUGGGUACUGAUCCAAGACGGAUCGAAACGUCAUUCAAAGUUUGCUUUUUAAAUUGUGGGCUUUGUUGUGAAAUAUAAAAAGUAGUUCUUUUUCUGAUUUUGUACCUUCAUCAAAAUCUUUUAUACAUUAAUCUUACUGGGUUAAGGUCAUUGAUUUAAUGAAAACUGAAUUACUCUCUAAUUGUUUCCUUCAGCCCUACAGUGCCUCCUAAUUAUUCUAUGAAUGUUGGUAUUAUACUGAGCAACAGUUUAUGGAAACGGAGGUAUACACUCGUAGGCACGUGAAAGACAAGUGUUAACGAAGAGAUUAUUUUCGCUCUGUCAGCGGGGCAGCUUCAAAAGAAGGGGCCAAGAGGUAGAGGCGGACUUGUACAGUUCUCUCUUUCAUUCCAUAGAAAUUUUCACAGGUAGGUGACUCACGAAAUCGUAAUAACAUAAUUGUAAACAACUUACAUAAUGGAUGGUAUUGGAACCCAGGGCGCAAAGGCUUGCUUGUUUAGGACUGGCUCGAAACAGGUUCGAAAUCUUCCUCUUCUGUGAGAAGCACAGGGUAAAAAGGGACAGUCCUUGGCAAUUUCGAAAGCUUGAGAAUAGAAAUUAUCACUGAAAGACAAUGAGUUAGUAUCAACUCAAAGACAAAAUGCUGAUAAUGACAGCAGCUGCAACAAUGGACUUGAAGUAGCCUCACGCUCUCCGAAAAAAGUGAGAAUAUCAACAUUAACAUCAGAACUCCAACCAAACAGUCAGCCCAUCCACUGGAAGUUCCACAUAUGCUUCUAUAGAAAUAUUUUCGUUUUCAUUUCCAACUAAGGCACAAAAGUCCUUAUGGUUGGUUCUGACACAAUGUUGUGUAGAUAACAACUGUUGAUCAUGGUACUUCGCUUUAGCAAAAUAACUGAGAAACAAAUUAUAAGUUGUUCGGAACGAGAAGAUCUAUCCUGGACGAGGAGGCGUGAGAACACAGACCAGAAUCUGUCAAAAUUAGAAAUGCAUAAAACUAUAACUGAGUCGAACAUCUAAAGACUUAAACCAUAUCUCUAAAAUUAUUUACAAUUCUUUUUUGAACUAUUUUGCCUCCAGUUUUAUAGGAUAAAGAAUUAAAAUAAAUUUUUAGCUGUGGGAAUAGUGAAUAAAAUUUUGUGGUGCCCACUUUAGACUGCAAAGCAUUAAACACUUGUUACACAGCCAUGAAAAAAUAUAAGAAGUUACCAUAUCAUGUCAAAACGAAGUGAUUUUUUGUGUUGUUAACGUAUUCAUUGACAUGAGCUAUUUAUUUCUGCAUAUAUUUUCUAGUAUUUACUAAGACACGUUAUGUAUAUAUACGUACCAGUGUUGACUAACAAAGACAGCAAGGAAAACAAAGUCACAUUGACUUGACUGGGUUACCACAGGUUAAUUCUCAAUAAUGUACUAUACACGUGUGUCCAUAAUAUUUAUGUGUUCUCAAGACCAUCGUGUGUAUUUCUUCUUAUGUAUGAAGUAACUAUCCUUUUUUUUUUUAUUCGCCGGUACUCUCCCGGCCCGGGUCUUUUCCAAUAGUGGUGACCCGGCCUUGGCUCCCUAUCUGGGGAGUAUCUCGAGACUUAUGUCUGCCAUGGGAGGAGGUACAAGUAUCCCUACAUCUUUGGGAUCAACUGUCCCCAGGCCUAGCCACAGUCCCCGCCCUCACGGGGCUCGCAGUGAGAAGCUAGGCCUCUGGUCUGCCAUCUGCCCCGCCCCAAAGGGGUUCUUGGGGAUGGCAGUCUUAUAAACAUUUGUUGGACAAUGUGUGAAUGAAUCUAAAUACAAUUUUUUUUUUAAAUUUAUGCUACUGACUGUAAAAUUAUUUGUAGAUUUCUUGAAUAAAGCAUAUACCAUGGCUUAUCUUUAUGAAUAUAAAUCAUUAAAUUUUGUUGUAUUAUCCUAGCAUCAAUAAUAAUAUGUAAUCACUGUAUGUCUAUGAUAAUCAUGUACUUAAUACAGAUAUAUUUAUUGUAAAAUGCAAUUUGUUGGCUUGUUAGUUAAUGGGGUUUAAAGUAUAUCUACUACACUAGGGUAAUUAUGGCUACAUGUCAUCUUUCACGAGUCAAGAUAGCUUUAAUCCUUAAAACAGGGAUUAAAGUAAACUCUCGGUGCUAGAGAAAGCGCAAAGGUUUGCAACAAGGUUAAUUCCGGAGCUCAGGGAAAUGUCCUACGAUGAAAGGUUGAGGGAAAUCGGCCUGACGACGCUGGAGGACAUGAGGGUCAGGGGAUACAUGAUAACGACAUACAAAAUACUGCGUGGAAUAGAUAAGGUGGACAGAGACAGGAUGUUCCAAAGAGGGGACACAGAAUCAAGGGGUCACAACUGGAAGCUGAAGACUCAGACGAGUCAAAGGGAUGUUAGGAAGUAUUUCUUCAGUCAUAGAGUUAUCAGGAAGUGGAAUAGUCUAACAAGUGAUGUAGUGGAGGCAGGACCCGUACAUAACUUUAAGACGAGGUAUGACAAAGCUCAGGGAGCAGAGAGAGGACCUAGCAGCGAUCAGUGAAGAGGCGGGGCCAGGAGCUGAGUCUCGACCCCUGCAACCACAAUUAGGUGAGUACUCGAUUGAGAGACACACAGCUCGGUUGGUAGCACACUCAGCUCACACCAUGAGGUCCGUGGUGCGAUCCCCGGUACGGGUGGCAACAUUAGGACGUGUUUCCUUAAGACACCUGCUGUCCAUGUUCACCUAUCAGUAAAAUAGGUACCUGGGUGUUAGUGGACUGUUGUUGGUCGCAUCCUGGGACAAAAUUGACCUAAUUUGCUUGAAAUGCUCAGCAUUACAGGGGGAUUUCUAUAUACGUAGUAGUAUGUCAUUGCUUCUUCUUCUUGAUUCGCCGGUAUUCUCCCGGCCCGGGCCGGAAAUAAUGGGGGCAAAUUCCUAGGCUUAUACCUUGACAACAACCUGAAUUUCAGCACCCAUAUCCAGCAUAUAACCAAAAAAGUAUCCAAAACGGUUGGGAUCCUCUCCAAGAUACGAUACUACGUGCCGCAAAAUGCCCUUCUCACACUAUACCACUCACUUAUUUAUCCAUACCUCACCUAUGCUAUUUGUGCUUGGGGAUCAACUGCAGCAACACACCUAAAGCCAAUAAUAACCCAACAAAAAGCUGCAGUAAGAAUAAUCACUAAAUCCCAUCCCUGGCAACACACCCCCCCACUCUUCAUAGACCUAAACUUACUCCCUAUUCAGUACAUCCACACUUACUACUGUGCAAUCUACAUCUACAGGGCCUUAAACUCUAAUAUCAACCUUGACCUAAAACGCUUUCUUGAUAGUUGUGACAGAACCCACAGGCAUAACACCAGACACAAACAUCUCUACGACAUUCCCCGUGUCCGACUAAACCUUUACAGAAAUUCAAUGUAUGUCAAAGGCCCUAAAAUCUGGAAUACCCUACCUGAGAACUCUAGAACUGCAGACACAUUCAUCACCUUCAAAACUAGCAUUAGAAAACAUCUUAUCUCCCUGAUACACCCCGUCAACUAACUACACGAAUACCACCUGGUGGUUCACACUUACACUCACUCACUCAUUUGACCAUAAACAGAAAUAUUAAUCUCAAUCUUAAAAUAAUGAAUCCUGUGAUACUCCAAUACUGAAACUAUGUACUGUGCCAAAACAAAAGCAUUCACAUUGCUAAACUCACAAACUAGUAUUUAGUCACUUAGCCAUAAUACCAACUUACCUCAUAAUUUGUAAUAUUUUACAAUUAAGAAUAAAACUAAGUAUGCCCGAAAUGCCUAGCCAUGCUAAGCGUUCUAGUGGUACACUCUGUAAUCACUAUUUUACAACAUGUAAACCACUCAAUAACCAAAUUUCUGUAAAAUCAACAUUGUAAUCCUUAUAGAGAAUAAACUUUGAAUUUGAA